AUGGAUGAUGUCGUGGAGAAGAUAUCUAAAGCCUGUGAGCCGUGUAGGAAGAAGAAAGUGCGGUGUGACGGGAAGCGACCCUGCCGGCGAUGCCAACGGCGGCCCGCCGAUUGUGCCUAUAGGGAACGUGCUAGGAUUCGGAAAUCGACACGUCAGAGCCUGAGAAAUGCCCUAAACGAGGAUCAAAGUAUCGAUGAGCUUCAGGGCGAAGGAUCAAUCGCCGAGGCCAGUGAUGACGCUUCCAGGCCCAAGGAGAGAACCGAGCAAGCCCGGGCCCAGUUGUACCAGAGCGUUGCAGCCACUCAUGGUAAUGAGGCCGACUCGGUCGAGAGCUCGAGGCUGUUCUACGGGCCCUCUUCCCAAUUUGCCUUUCUGCAGCAGUUGCACCGUGAGAUCUUAUGUUCCGGUACACAACAGACCUCUGGCGAACGCGAGGUGGCAGAAGGAGGCCCUGGUUUGGAUCUUUUCGUGCAGAGAUCCAUCUUCUUUGGCACUCCACAGCGAACCCGGGCCAACCUGCUUCCAUCUCAUUCUUCCCUUCUGUCUGCACUUCCUGUUGGACAGGCUGUCGAGUUUUUAGCCGGAUUCAAGGCAGCAUCGUCCAUAGUACCACUAUACACGAACCAGGAGCUUGAUGACUUGCUUCAUCACUUUUACAGUGAUGGCUCGGACUCGCCCUUGUCUCCGCAGAAACGGGCAAUCACCCUGGCCAUCCUAGCCAUCGGUGCUUUGACGACCACAGAGACGGACCUUGCCGAAUUGCUGCUCAUCAGAGCAAAACAAGAGGCAGUCGUUUGCGAUGAUAUGGCGAGUUUAUCCAUGAUUCAGCUUUCAAUACUCAUUGCCAUAUAUCAAAUCAACAUGGGUCGACCAAAUUCUGCAUACAUCAAUCUCGGCGUCGCAUGCCGCAAAGCCCUGGCAAUGGGCCUCCACAAGGAAAGUCACAUAAGCGUUCCGGCAGAUAUUUUACAGAAACGCCGCAUGACUCUAUGGUGUCUGUAUUUUCAUGAAAGGUGGCAAGCACUGGCACUUGGAAGAGAAGGAUCUUUGAAGAUGUCCGACAUAUCAGCACCCUUUCCAGACUCACAACCCGUGCUGGUCGGUCUGUGCAAACUGGCUCAGAUUGCAGAAGAUGGAGCAAGGCUUAUAUAUGGACGAAGAUACGACUCGCUUGGUCAGCUUUACGUUACUGCCGAGAAGAUUGGUUCACGUCUCCGAGAAUUUGCUGAACAAAACGGAAUAGGAUCCGCCGGGAUACCCAACAAACAUGCAUCCAGGGGAACGGUGGCGUCUCUCCGAUUGCAUUUUGUCUAUUACCACGUGAUCAUGCUCACCUAUCGGCCAUUCUUGAUCGCCGAGUCUGCCUUGAAGCCCACUUCUGGUGACAAUAAGGAACCUGAUGUGAUGUGGCUUCGACAGGCAUGCAGGUACGCAAUCGAUGCAGCCCAGGACUCGAUAGUAUAUGCUGCAUCGUCGUAUAGGAAAGAGGGCACCUGCAAGACACUGAGGUAUAAUGCGUUCUUUCUCGAUGCGGCUUGCGUAGUACUCAUGUAUGACAUGCUUCGACACCCGGCAAAACAUACCUACAAUGUCGACUACAUACACAUGGCUCUGCGAUGUCUGAGUACCAUGAUCCAAGACGAGCCAGUCACAGUAACACAAAACUCGGUCCAGCAGAUCUUGCAUCUGGUCGAACUCACCAUAGCCAGCAUUACCAAUGCGCACAACCCUGCAGCCGAAUUGACGUCCUUGGCGCCAGACACGGUGACGGAUGAAGCCGCCAAAACUGCCGCCCAGAUUUUGCCGCAGCUGAAUACCCAGUUUCCUUCGCUCAAUGCCAAUCCGGCGAAUUCAUCUCAGCAAUUCAUCCACUUUAGCGGCGUGCCCUUUGUACCAAAUCCAGGGACUUUUGGCAGCUCGGCUGGUCUGGGAGACUCCAGUAUGCCCUACGCUGACCCCUUUCCGUACUUUCAAAACGAUGUGGUCACUACAGAUCUCUUCAACUUCUUCCCGAUAGACCUCAUGUCGCCAUAUAACACCUCUAGUCUUGACGGAGCGGAUCAUCAUACUACUUGA